AUGUCCACCGUAUCAGGCAUAUCCCAGGCAGUCUUGCACGGUUUCCUCGACCAAAACCACACCUCAAACCUUCAUGCAGAAUGGAUCAACCAUCCGACUCCCUGGCCGUGGGUCCUGGCGAGCGUAACACUUUCUAUAAUCCUCGGGUUUCUAGGGGUUCAAGCAUCGUACAAGUCGUGGGAGCCAAAGACUCGGCGCUUCAGCAGCAGCGAUAGCGAGGUCCCUUUUUACCCUCCCACAGACCCGAAAGGCUAUCAACCACUCUACCAGCGAGGCCUAAGCUCCAGCAGUAGCAGCAGCACCAUCCUGUCGCUAGACGAAAGGAACAAGUACGGUGGCCUCGGCCGCUGCGCUCUGAUCACAAGCAUCAUAGGAAUAGGGUGGUCCACCAUUCGUGCGGGUGCCAUGCUUGCCGUUCUCAUCCAAAUCACAAUGGGAGAAAAGGGACACACAUAUCCCGGCAUCAUCAGCAUUGUGAUCAUGUUCACAUCCGUGCAGACAUACCUCGGCACCCGCGCCAUGCCCCGGAUCCUGUAUCUGCUGAUUCUCGUGGAUCUCUGCGCCAUCUACGCGAGUCUCGUCCUGGGGCUCCUUUCGUUCCUGCAAAACAAGGACACAGCCUACCAGGAGUUUGCGGUCAGUGGCGGCAACUGCCCGUGCAUGCUGGGCUACCGGACCGGACACAACAUGAAGUCGUGCGCAGCGUUUGCACAGUCUCUCCCCAGCGUGGUCGGCUGCAACGCGAAAUACCUGUGGACGAACAACACCGUCUCCGGCUCGAACGGGGCGGAGCUGAUGCCAUACCCGAAAUCGUGCCUGCUCUCGAGCAACGCGGCAGGUGACGAGGACAUCAACCCGAACAUGAUGACCUACAUGGUGCUGGCGGAAGUCAUCGUCGGUGGAGUCGGCCUGCUUUACGGGCUCGUCGUCCUGCUGUUCUCGUCGCGCUGGGUCUGGGAGGUUCUUCGACACCCGGCCGAGCUCUUGCAGGCCCUGACGAUCAACCGCCCGGACAUCAACCGUAAGCGAGACCUACGGUACGGCGGCACCCCCACGACGGAAAAGCCCCAAAGCCACAAAAUGCCUGGGCGGGCCAUCGGGAUGACAGUCCUGGCCUUCAUUGCGCUCCUCAUGUUCGCGGCGGUGACGAUCGUGGUCCACGUCCUCGACGAGACCCGGCCGAUCAGGAUGUUCUACCUGGACUCGUUCGGGCCCUUGGCCAACACCGCCGACGCAGGGGCGAGCUGGAGCGACUGCUUCGUCGUGGACACGCCCACCUCGGCCGACGGGGGUUUCCACAUCUGGUGGGCCGUCAGGCAGAGUCGAAUACUGCGAGCUCUUGCUCUGGCGUGA